AUGGAGGCUGGCCUGCGGAUGGAGGAUGAACAGGAGCCGGAUGUGGGGUCUCCACAGUUUGACCAGGCCGUGAUCACGGCGUCGCAAGAGGUCCAGGAGAUUUGCAAAGCCGAGGUUUUCCAAGUGGAGGGCUGUCCCCAGGAUAUUGUUCAAGCAUACUUGGCUUUGUAUGCGGACGGUGCAGCGGGAGACGACAUUAUCGAGGACCGCCUCGGUGUCUCUGUUCUUGAGAAGUUCAAGGCACGGCGGGUGGUCUGGGCGCUGUACAUGGUGAUGGUGAUCCUGGGGCUCUUGGCUGUUCUCCUCAUAUCGGAUGUGUACAAGUUGAUCAUGCUGGUGACUCUGGCUAUGCAAUGGGGUGUGCUGAGGGGGGGCCUGUCCUGUUUGUGGGUGACCUGGUGA